AUGUACGAACCCAGUCCUUCGCAGCCUUAUGAGAUAGGGAACGAGAUUCAGAUGAAGCAUCUCAAACGUUACGGCAAGUCCCCACUGUCCCCAUACGCUCUCCUUGCCUUCUUCCGAAAUGGCAGAAAGCGAAGCCUGGUAAAAUUCGGUCAAUUUGUAACCUGUCGAGCCGUUGCAAAGCCUACGGUUGGCGAGCAGGGUCAGUAUGUAGCAGUAAAGCCAACACAAGCAGCAGGCCUAGGUGGAAAGUACGCAUGGAUGAACGCAGCAAACGCAGCAGCUGCCAACGGUAUGCCUAAACCCAAGCCUGCCCCCGCUGCUCCCAUCAUCCCUUCCCCAGCAGCAGUAGCCUCCGCUAGUCCUGUAGCUCCCACCACUGCGUCACCUGAAACCACUACGGCUCCAGCUGCUGGUGUUCCUAGUACGACGGGGAGUUCGCAGUGGCCACGGCCGUAUGUCCCGACGAAGAAAGCGGAUGCUACGUCGACGCCUGUGGAGGAAGACACGUGGACGCUGGUGACGAUACGCGGUGCGAUGUUCGUGGUGGAGAGGGAGAGAUGGCAUGGCGCACCACCCCCAACGAUGAGUGCACUUGGCGCCUCUUCGACUAUCCUCUGUUUCUCCUGCAUCCAUUCAGUCAUCGGGUGUAGGAUUUUGAUCUUCCACGCUCGUUGGCGCUGGUUCGUCUUCCUCUUCAUGCUCGAACUCUUCGUCCGAGUCGACGGUAGCCUGAGCUGCUCUUUGUAUGGCGGCUCUGGAAGAGAAUCAGUAACAGCAUUGGGCGCGUUGAAGUUGCUUCUUAUAACUUCUGGACGUCAAAACAGACCUGGCCCUGCUCGCCAACCGUAUGGUCCUAACCCGCAAGUCCUAGUACCUUCUCGCGUUGAACACAGCGAGGAAAAGCAACGGAAAAUGCAAGGCUGCCAGUUCGUGGAUGUGCUCCAACAACGGGUACUAGGUUUGUCUCUUGUUUGUCUCCGUGAGAAAGAUCAAAACACCACUUCCAUGUGGAAGCGCAAAACAUGUAUUUCAGAAAAAACAUAA